AUGUCUUCAGAAGAGGUGCUGGUGCACUCCGUCUCCACGCUCUCCGAACAGACGACCCCGACCUGGAAAAAUGUCAGCGACACCAACUUUCAGGUCACCAACGUGAACCUGGAAGACCUUGACCUGGAUGUGGGUCAGCUCGGGGGCUCGAUCGUCUGGGAGCCCUGCUUCACCGUCCAUUCGCUCACCUUCACGGACCUAGACCUCGACAACGACGAGCUUGGUGGUACCCUGGGCUGGUGGGAGCACAGCCAGAGCUACAAGGUGGAAUACUACCACGUCUUCCUGGCAACGGACGCGGCCGGCUCAAACCGCGUCCGCAUCAGCAACGACACAGGCGUACCGCAAGGAACAAGCUAUUUCAACGUGGAGCCCGACACGACGGUCUGGUUGCCAGGAAGCCUGCAUGCGACCCACUUCUGCAUCUUUCAGGUCAGCUUCACAGACCUGGACCUUGAUGUGAACGAAUUCGGCGGUAAUCUGUCUUGGCAGCAGCCUUCUGCGGACACGGCCCUCAUCACCCACUAUAGGGCAGCUUUGCUCAACCGGUGGAGCAGGGCGAGGGGAGGCUACAAUGCCACGGAGUUGGAGGCGACCGGAGCGCUCUCAUAUGUGGAGAUCGGCGAAGUGCCCUUCGGCAUCAACACGUUCACCGUGCCGGCCGGGACCCUUCGGUCGAGCUACUCGCACUUCCUGGUCUACUCGCGCUCUGCCCUUGCAGAGGCUUCGACACCUGCCUUUUUGUCCUUCCUCGGCGCUGCCCUGAACGCUUCGGUCACCGAAGUGAACUUCACAGACGACGCGGCUCAGAUGCAAAGCUGA